UGAAGACACUCUACUGCUGGGCACACACCCCCCUUCCCUCCACAGCUAUACGCCUGAUAUUACCGUCACUUGCUAAUAAACCAUGUCCCACUACUUCCCUUCGCCACCCACAUCGCCCACUGAGCGAAAACGAAAACGAUCCGUCAGCCCUUCCCCUCAUCAUCAUCACAACAACAACAACAACAACAAUAACGACGAACAGCAACUACCACGAAACAAUAAACAAGUCAAGCUCGACCCAACUCUCCUUGAACGCUACCUGACAACCGGUGGAUCACCCAACAUCCGUGACGCCCAACGCGGGUUCAGUCUUUUGUGCUGGGCCUGCUACAGCAAAUCAGAAUCCGCACUCAGACUCCUCUUGCGCCAAGAAGAUUUGGAUCCAAAUACGACCCAUGGACCGGACCGAUCGACAGCGCUGCACAUUGCUGCCUCUGUCGGAUUUUCAAAUGGCAUUCAACAACUACUCCACCGACCAAAACGAAAUAUCAACAUUCAUGCUCUCGACCAACAGGGUCAAACACCUCUCCAUCGCGCCGUCACUGCCAACCAACCUGCCUGUGUACAGAUAUUGCUACAAGCGGGUGCUCGUGUGGAUCAACGCAACGUCAUGGAAGAAUGUGUUGUUGGCGGCUGUGCAAGUAUCCUGAGCGAGUUGUUGGCCAAGGUGAAUAAGAAGAAAGAAGAAGAGCGACAACGACACCAAGGACAAGUAGAAGGAAAAGGAGAGAAAAGGAAACAGCAAAACAACAACAACAACAAACAAAAGAACAAAAACCUGAUACCGCUGGCCGUGUUCUGGAACAGAAUUGAAUGUUUGGAAUUGCUACUCGGGGCCGGCUUUAACUCUAACGACGACGACGACGACGACGAGAGAAACGACGAUGUGGGAACACAGCAACAGCAACAACAAAAUAAACAAGUGACGGAAACCAUAACAACAACAACAACAACCGAUCCGACAAUCAAUAAUGACAGUCCACUCUAUCGGGCCGUACAGCAGCGUAAACUCGAUAUGGUCCGAUGUCUGAUACGACAUGCAAACGCCAGCCCUUGUCUUCCGAAUGGCAACAACCCGUCUCUCCUCUAUGCCGCAAGCCACGGUUUCUUGGACAUGAUCCCGCUCCUGUUGACCCACGACACUUCAUCCGACUGUAUCCGACAGGCGGUGCUCUUGGCAGAGCCGCUUGGGCUGUCGGACGCAGUAGCGCACAUCAUACGACAACAACAAGUUCGGCAACGACAAAAUGGGAUAUAUUGACUUGUCGGCGUCAUCGGCGGCAGCAGCGGCAGCAAGAGCAGCCUAUGUUUCCAGAAAAACGUUUUCUUUUUUUCUUUUCGGAUCACAACUGGAAUGCCCAAUUUUGGACAAGGCGAUGCGCCACACACAUAGUAAAUUCGUCGGCAGAUUGCCGAGAAAGAAAAAGAGAAGGACAA